AUGCAAUCACAUCUGCUUCCUGUGUCCAAUCCCCACAACCCAUCACCCUCCUCAUCUUCAUCGUCUUCCCCGAACAUCAAAUCCGGAUCAGCCUCGCCCACGAUUAUGAUCAGGUCUGGGGACGAUUUGGGGGCUGCGGCGGCGGCGGCGGCGGCGGCGAGGAUGCUGGUGGCGUCGUCCUUCGAGGAGAGCGAGACGAGGCCCUUUAUCGCGAGGACCUCGAGUUACACGGAGGCCACCUCCGCCAAAUCGAGUUCGGCCCAGCAGAAGAGGCGGCGGCGCGUUGCCAGCGACAACUCCAUUCUGGAUAUCUCCGUCGUCCCGAUCACCGCGGGCCGCCGGCCGUCUUUCCGGCAGGAUGUGGGGAGAGCCGCCUCGGACACUUUCUUGGUCACUCGGCUUAGCUUUAAGCUGUUGCGGUAUUUGGGGGUAGGCUACAGAUGGAUCAUCAGAUUUCUUGCUCUCGGCUGUUAUGCUUUCCUUCUUUUUCCUGGUUUUGUUCAAGUUGGAUACCAGUACUUCUUCUCCAGUCAAAUACGUCGAGGUAUAAUAUAUGGAGACCAGCCCAGAAAUAGACUUGAUCUGUAUCUACCGAAAAACAGUAAGGGACCAAAACCAGUUGUUGCAUUUGUAACAGGUGGAGCCUGGAUCAUCGGUUACAAAGCAUGGGGUACUCUUUUAGGACAACAGUUAGCAGAAAGAGACAUCAUAGUGGCUUGCAUAGAUUACAGGAACUUCCCUCAGGGAACUAUUAGCGAUAUGGUGAAAGAUGCUUCUCAGGGUAUUUCAUUUGUAUGCAAUAAUAUUGCUGAAUUUGGAGGGGAUCCAAACAGAAUAUAUCUCAUGGGACAGUCGGCUGGUGCCCAUAUUUCUGCUUGUGCUCUGGUAGAGCAGGCAAUCAAAGAGGACAAUGGACUGAAAACUUCUUGGAGUGUUUCUCAAAUAAAAGCUUAUUUCGGUUUAUCUGGAGGGUACAAUUUUUACAACCUGGUGGAUCACUUUCACAGCCGAGGCUUAUACCGUUCAAUUUUCCUAAGUAUAAUGGAAGGGGAAGAAUCUUUCCAGCGAUAUUCUCCAGAAGUUGUGGUGCAGGAUCCGGACAAUAGGAAUGCAGUUUCCUUGUUGCCUCCUAUAGUGCUUUUCCAUGGCACGGCUGAUUAUUCCAUCCCCUCCGAUUCCAGUAAAAGUUUUGCAGAGACCCUUCGAAAUUUGGGCGUUCAAGCCGAGUCAAUACUUUAUGAAGGAAAGACACACACAGAUCUGUUCCUUCAGGACCCAAUGAGAGGUGGGAAAGAUGAGAUGUUUGAGGAUUUAGUUGGGAUGAUUCAUGCGGGCGACCGGGAGGCACUGGCCAGGGAUGCCACAGCGCCUCCAAGAAGACGUCUGGUGCCCGAGUUCAUGUUGAAAUUGGCACGUGCUGUUAGUCCCUUCUAG